AUGUCUCUUGGUCUCUGCAACACCGCCGCCAGGCUUCCCCACGGCGUCCGCCACUGCCGGACCUUCAUCGCCGUGAGGAUCAAAUGGGUUCCCGACCCGGCCCUCGACGCAGCAGUUUCCAAGGAGAAGGAUCUAAAGCAAGUGAUCGCCCUGAAAAAUCACAUCCUCACUUCUCCUUCAAAAUCCCUCCCUCUGUCCUCUCUUUCCCUUCUCAGACCCGAUUUCAAUCUCCCCAUGGCGGCCUUGCGCUUCCUCAAGAGGUACCCUUUCAUUUUCUCCGUCUUCCAGCCUUCUCCCUCGCUCCCGCUCCAAGUCAAGCUAACUCGCCCAGCAUUCAAGGUUCACUGCGAAGAGCAGGUCAUUGUGAAUUCCUCGGGUCACCGUGACGAUGCCGUGAAGAGGUUGGCGAGGGUUUUGAUGCUCUGCAAAAGGAUGAGGUUGCCACUGCAUAUAAUUGAUAGGUUCAAGCUUGAUUUGGGGUUGCCUCAUAAUUACGUUUCGGAGCUUUUAUCUGACUACCCUGAUUACUUCCAAGUUGUUGGCGAAGGUAGAAAUGGGGAGUGUGGUGAUGAAAUGUUGUGUUUGGAGCUGGUAUCGUGGAAGAAUGAAUUGGCCGUGUCUGAGAUGGAAAGAAGAAUGGCUUUAGGGGAUUUGAGGAAUGUCAAGAAAGGAGCUCGAAUUGGGUUCUUGUUGAGCUAUCCUAAGGGGUUUGAUUUGGUGAGUAAGGUGAAAGAUUGGGUCUUUGAAUGGCAGAAUCUGCCGUACGUUUCUCCGUAUGAAAAUGCUUUUCAUUUGAACCCUAAUGGAGAUCAAGCUGAGAAGUGGACCGUGGCAGUGUUACACGAGCUGCUGUGGUUGUUAGUGUCCAAGAAAACCGAGAGUGAAAAUGUGUUUCUUUUGGGGGAGUAUUUGGGAUUUGGAAGGAGAUUUAAGCAUGCUUUGGUUCAUCAUCCCGGUAUAUUCUAUCUCUCACAUAAGAUUAGGACGCAAACGGUUGUGCUCAGGGAGGCUUAUUCAAAAGAUUUCCUGGUGGUGAAGCACCCUUUGAUGGGUAUGAGGUUUAGGUACAUUCACCUUAUGAAUAUUGAUAAGGAAAGUCAAAGUCGACGGAAGUUGAUGCAGAGUGAAACUUUGUUGAUGACGAAGAAGGUGUCUUUACCUGCUAAGAUAUCAGGGGGAAAAGGAAAUUUGAAAGGUGGUAACGGGGAUGGAGCAGUAAAGAAACCAAAUGAUUCUUAGGAUUCUGAACUCGAGGUUUCCGAUUGUGAAUGAGAUGCUGGUUCGAUGUCUCCGUGCUUGAGAAGCUGGAAAUGUGGUUGAUCCAACCUUGCCAUACUUAUCCAUUAAGAGAGAGCAGCAAACAAGAACCACUGACGUGCUUUAUCUACCAGUAUUCAUGGUGAUUGUAGAGGAGAUGGCUACAAAUCGCAGAUUAUGUGUUUGAA